ACACGAGGACGAUUCUUCCAGAUUCCUCGGGACGACGGGGAUCCGCCAUUGGUGCACAGCACCGGAGAAGUGGUAUAGCUGAUUGUUUGUGGAUAGUGUGUGACUGGAAAGCGAUGGAUCGAUAAAUAUGCGCUUGCUCCGUCCGGCGCGCCGGAGACACACACAGAGACUCGUGUGUCUCCAAACUAGUUUUAAGGAGGCAUGCAUGCAUGCGAGCACGAUGCAGGAUCGCGAUCAGUCGCGAUGUAACCGUAGCGUGAAACGGCCUCGCACCAGGCCACCGGGUGACCACCAUCAGAUGCUCGACGUAGGCUGAUCUCGCGCCGUACAACCGAUCACCGGGCACGAAGCCGGCGAGCAACGACCUGAACAGAAGGGGCCCGACGGAGGGCUUUGGCCUUCAAAACGACGGGAGUCCACCUAAAACGGCGUCUACGGACCCAGGUACGAGCGGAGGAAUGGAGAAAUCACUCGAUGUCGAAAUUCACUGGUCUCAGACGAGACACUUUUACGAUUCUUCGUGGGAAGAGGCUGUUUACCUUUCAUCAACUGGAUGAUUCAUAUUUUGAUUUUCACCGUGAUUAACCGCGAUACUUGGGCAAAUCUAAUCAAGGAAGAUUCAAAGGAAGAUGACACAAUUAUGUAAUUUACGUCACUUAUGUCUUAAAAUAUAACCCCUGCCGUCGUUGUCAACGGCGCGAGCCUUAUCAUUCUAAAAAAAAAUGGGUAUAUAUUUACUGCUGCGAGUUUCACACAGCCUUCAGUAGAAAGAUGAUAGAGGACCAGGUGCGUCAACAUCCGGCACGAGUGCCGCCCGACAAGCCGCAACUGCCUCAAACUGCCAGUGUCAGCGUCAAGUUCGAAAAUGAGCAAUGUAAGGAGCCCCUGCUUCCGGAGAAGCAGAACUCCCACAGAAUGACACCGACCGACGGCCGUUCACGGACCACCUCCGAGUCGAAGGAAACCACCACCAAUGGGCAAGCGGCCGCGACGAAUUGUACCACCGAGGACAAUCUCGAGGUGACCAUCUUUGACGAUGAUGCGGAUGGCGGCCGGUUGCCGGACGUUGUCGCCGAGAUCUACAGCGUGGCUGAUGAGAACGAGCCGCUCGAGUCGUACUUAGCGAUCACCAUCCAGGUUUUCAUACCCUUCCUCAUCGCCGGCUUGGGCAUGGUGGGCGCCGGAUUGGUCCUCGACGUGGUUCAACACUGGGUAGUCUUCGAAAAAGUCAACGAGCUUAUGAUUCUGGUACCGGCACUUUUAGGACUAAAGGGUAAUUUAGAAAUGACUCUUGCAUCGCGUCUUUCUACUCAAGCGAAUCUCGGACACAUGGACUUGCCGAAAGAGCAAUGGCGUAUGAUCAUUGGAAAUCUCGUUUUAAUACAGUGUCAAGCGAUAGUGGUGGGCUUCCUUGGAUCCGUGGUGGCGAUUGUAAUGGGUGCCUUUCGCAACGGCACGGUCUCUUUAGAUCACGCCUAUCUACUGUGCGCCAGCAGUCUGGUCACCGCAUCCCUCGCUUCCUUCGUUUUGGGCCUUAUUACCGCGGGCGUUAUCGUCUUCUCCCGUCAUUGUCAUAUCAAUCCGGACAACGUAGCCACGCCAAUAGCCGCCAGUUUAGGUGACAUCACAUCGCUGGCUCUCCUCUCGUGGAUCGCUACCGUACUUUACGAGAGCAUAGACAAGCAAGACUGGGUAGCGCCCCUCGUCAUAUCCUGUUACGUCCUGGUGACACCGCUCUGGGUGUGGAUCGCCAAGAGGAACAAGUACACCAACGAUGUGCUCUAUUUUGGCUGGACCCCAGUCAUGGUGGCUAUGUUGAUCAGCAGUUGCGGCGGUCUUAUACUUGAGUUCAUGGUAUCACGUUUCGAGAAUUUGACGGUCUUCCAACCGGUCAUCAAUGGCGUCGGUGGAAAUCUGGUGGCCGUCCAAGCCAGUAGGAUAUCAACGGCCCUUCACAAACAAGCUGAGCUCGGCACGCUUCUAAUCCCACCCGGUCACACGCAUCCCGUAAUCUUUAUCACGCCUAUAGCCAAUUUUUUCGGAAAAGGUAUGCAUGCUAGGACAACGAGAGUUCUGAUGACAAUGGUGAUACCGGGUCACAUCAUCUUUAUUUACCUGAUUAAUUACAUGAAGGAUGGCAACACGUCGAUGACGCCACUUUUCAUCUUUGUUUAUCUCUGCGCGGCGAUGCUGCAGGUCGCGGCGCUUCUCUACAUCGCUUUCAUAAUGAUCCACUGGAUGUGGAAGCGGAAGAUUGAUCCUGACAAUUCGGCGAUCCCGUACUUGACCGCGAUGGGUGACUUACUCGGAAUCAGCCUGCUGGCGAUUGCCUUCCAAUUUUUGUACCUGGUCGGAGAUCAAGAUUUCGACGCGCCCUGACCGUAAUAAGACUAAUUUUGGUGUGACUAUGAGCAUAGUAGACGUCGACAAUGGUAAUUGGCAUAUCAAUUGUCAUUUUAGCGUGUAAUUACAAAGUCUGUCUACAGUUUAUAGCCGCGUUUACAGCACCGUCCUUAUAUUAUUUAUAAUAUUAAUUAAUUUAAUGAUUAUGAAAUAAAUAAUUGAUACGAGUAUGUUAAGAAGAAACUGAUUGAGAAAAUAUUUUUACGCAAAAUAAAAAUGCAGUGAAUCAUAAAUAUCAUGUCAAAUAAUCAUUACGAUCUGUUGGAUUCAAAAAUCAAAGAUUAAAUUCCAUAAUUGGCCUGUAAAUUGUUACUGAUAUGUUAAUUAGAGGUGAAUAAUUUGUCUGCAAACGUAGACAUCAAUUUAUCGCAUGCAUGCUUUAAUUAAUGUCAUUGGAACAAUUUACGAAUGUUCGAAAAAAAUUGCAUUUGUUUACAGGAAGUCAGAAUUCUUGCAUUUUCUGGCGGGCGUAACGCACGAGUGAACAUAGUCGGCUCGAAAAGGUAUCUCUACAAGGCUGUGAUCGUCUGAAAGUAUAUCCUAUUGAAUCCAAUCUUCGAUUUGUCAUCGACGAUUUAAUCGGAAAGUCACAACGAUAUUAUUUAACAUGAUGUUAAAGAUCUAUUAUACUUUCAUUUUAUAUAAUUUUUUAAAUCAAUUAACACUUUCGUAUUAAUUACUAAUAUCAUAACAAUGUAACAUCACAUAAAUUUCCAGGCUGCUAUAAAUGCAACUUUAAUUAUAUGAACGAAGUUUAUAAUGAAGCGUAUAAAUGAUAACUAUAUGCCGAUUAGCGAUGUCAACUGUGCUUAUAGUCGCACAAAAAUUAGUCUUACUUAUAGAAUAUACUAUAUACGAAAAAAGAAUUGAAAUUAUGCAAAUAUACAAAUGCGAUAAUUGAAGCUUAGGAUCUAAAGUUGAUAUAGAGACGCGUGCGCAGUUGUUAAGAAAAUAUAAUCACACAAAUUUCGCUCGAUUAACUGUAUCGAGCUAUCAUUAGUUAAUUGCAAAUUAUGCGCAAGGAACGCAAGGAUGAACCUUGAUGAAAUUGUGCACGGUGGAGGUAGCAUUGUUUCGAGGAAAUGCAAUGACAAGUAGCAUUUCAAAUCUAAAAUGUGCAUUUACAAUUAGUUGACGCGCCUCGUUGACGAUUACCUCUGACAUCGUGCGAAUAAUUUAAUUUACAUAGCGACAUAAUCUUAUAACAUGUAGUACGACACGUUUUUGUGUUCAACAACAAAGAGGUUUUAAUGUUCGCAGCGACACUUGGGUCGAAAAUAAUUUCGCUCGAUACAUUUGUCAGCUUAUACAACAUAUAGUACACUGUAUAGUAUUGUAAAUUAAGAUAUUCCAUUAAGCAGAAUGCGUCGUUAUAUUUCCAUGUACAUAUUAUAGUGUAAUGUACGUAUUUUACGUGCAUUGUGUACAGGCGCCAUAUCGGAGACUAAUAUUUAGCCUUCGUGACAGGAGUGGGAUUCGCAUCCGAAUCGAUACCGCCUUUCAGUACAUACAUGUUCAGUAUUAUCGCUUAUUAUUACUAUUGCCUAAAACAUUGCGACUAGCAGAUAUCCGCAGAUUCCGCUGAGAGAAACACCUCACACGCCCUUUUUUGGCAUGUGUAUUUUGCAGCCAACUGCGUUCAAGUCGAUCCGAUUAAAAUAGCACAAUGCACUAAUACGAGAAAAAAAUUUAUAGUACGGUGCAUUGCAACCGCGUUACACGAUUAACAGCGCUUGAAUUGAUUUAACGUUUUCUGUCGAAUUAUUUUAUUAUCACUUGGCUCUAUGAUAAGCAUAAUACCGUGAAUUAAAUAAACUGAAAAUUGUAUUCGUUUAUUUGUAAACGUUAAUUUUUUUAGAUUGUGCAUAUAUAUUUUGUUGUACAAGUAUUUUAUUGAUUAUUCAUUAUUUGUAAUGCCAUAGCAAAUGUUACUUCUUUCAUUUUAUAAAACAAUAAAAUUUUUCUAUAUAUCUGUUAAUUUUGACGAGCACAAUGAUCGUAUUAUAAGAGGAAACGUGCUAUAAAUACGCAGACAAUAAUAUGCGGAUGGAUAUAUAAAGAGGACGGAUAUAUAAAGUAUUUUGUAAAACGUUGAACAAAUAUACAGGAUUUCUUGUACAAAGCUAAUUUUUACAAAUAAAGUAAAAACACUAUAUA